AUGGUGGUGGUGGUGGCAGCAGUGGUGAAGGAGACUCACAGGAUCUACAGACAGAAGUUGGAGGAACUGACCGCCUUACAGACCCUGUGUAGCGGGUCCAUCAACAAACAGAAGAAGCGCCUCAAGGACUUGCGGCUGGAGCUCCAAAGGUACAAGCGCCAUGCAGGUCGGGAGGAGGUGGAGCUGGUCCAGCAGAUGGGCGCACACAUCAAGGAGCGGCAGAACGUCUUCUUUGACAUGGAGGCCUACCUGCCCAAGAAGAAUGGGAUCUACUUAAACCUGGUCCUCGGCAAUGUGAAUGUGACCCUGCUCAGCAACCAGGCCAAGUUUGCCUACAAGGACGAGUAUGAGAAGUUCAAGCUCUACCUGACCAUAAUCCUGCUCCUGGGGGCUGUGGCCUGUCGCUUCGUCCUUCACUACAGGGUAACAGAUGAAGUCUUCAACUUCCUGCUGGUAUGGUAUUACUGCACCCUGACCAUCCGCGAGAGCAUCCUCAUCAGCAACGGCUCCAGAAUUAAAGGCUGGUGGGUGUCACACCAUUACGUGUCCACGUUCCUGUCGGGAGUAAUGCUGACUUGGCCUAAUGGACUCAUUUAUCAGAAGUUUCGCAAUCAGUUCUUAGCGUUUUCAAUUUUCCAGAGUUGUGUGCAGUUCUUGCAGUACUACUACCAGCGGGGCUGCCUCUACCGGCUGCGGGCCCUGGGCGAGCGGAACCACCUGGACCUCACAGUCGAAGGGUUCCAGUCCUGGAUGUGGCGGGGCCUCACCUUCCUCCUGCCCUUCCUCUUCUGCGGCCACUUCUGGCAGCUGUACAACGCCGUCACAUUGUUCGAGCUCUCCACGCAUGAGGAAUGCAGAGAAUGGCAGGUGUUCGUGCUGGCGCUCACCUUCCUCGUCCUCUUCCUGGGCAACUUCCUGACCACGCUCAAGGUUGUGCACGCCAAACUCCAGCAGAACAGAAACAAAAUGAAGAAGCCGUAGCCUCGGUCCGAGCCAAGAGUGAGACUGAGAGGCUGCGAGCCUUGGACUCGAGGGCCCCGGCCCAGCUCGGAGGUCCUGGGCUUCCUGGGGGCCGGGGCAGCAGCAUCUCAGGGGCCAGCACGGUGCUGGAGAGCUUCCCCCGACGCGGAAUGUGACGGCGCCGUCCUCGCAGUAUUAGCCCUAUUUAUGACAUAUUUAAUGCCAGGUCCCCGUGCCCCCACAGCUGCUCUCGGCACAGCCCGAGUCCAGGUCAGUCUUCCCGGAGAGGGGCCCGAGCCUCAGGGAGCCCCUCUGUACCCAUGCCUGCCCUUGAACCUUCACGGUGGGUUCCGAUGUGCCUCUCAGCUUGGAUUUCUUCUGCCCUGCCACCUACGGUGUCCAGGUGCCAGGACGGUGACACCUCCAGCAUCGCGUGGCCCCCACUACAGGGCGGGUUUAUUUAAGUUCUCAGAGAACCACAGCCUGUCUCUUGUGCUCUUCCUGUUUCCUGAGACUCCCCCACCUGCUGGCCGUGAGGUGGCCUGAAAAGGGAGGUUUUAGGGAAGGCUACCACCAGGGGGCGCCCCAGCCUCAGAGUUCAGCAACUGCCGGUUUUGA